GUUAGUUAGGUAUUUGAUAAUCCUUAACAAUUUCCUAAAGCGGGGGACUUCUCACUCGAACAACUCAGCUCCCGACCACCCAAGCAAUCCAACGUCACUCAUUCACUCGCUCACUUAUCAGAAUUAAACAAUUCUCAUAACUGAAAACGGAAUACGGCGAGCAGGGAAUUCAGUUCUACAAGCAUAGAUGGAAGCCACAUCAAUUUCCGAGGUUUAAAGAACAAGCAAAACUCAUGAGAUCACCAAACUACCCGUGUCGCAUCCGUCUUGCUCGCCUUCAAUAUCAAGGAUGGCCAGCCCGCUAGCAGCUGGCAUUGUCCCCGCCCAGCUCGGCUUCCUGGCCAUCUACAACCCCAGCCUCGGUACGACCGACGAAACGGUCGAGGACCAGAUCGUGUACUAUGCCUCGGCCAGCACUCAGUCGAACGCGAAGCGACGCCGCCAUCGCACAGCCAAGGACGGCCGUCCGACCGAUGUCCUUUCCAAUGAAGAGCGCAACGAGCGUCUCAGGCAGAUAGGCCUCGCCCAGGGCAUGGUCGAGUUCGGCCGUAGCUUCUCCGGAGGCAAAGCCGUCGACUCUAUCGACACGGAGCGCACCCGUGUCGUGCUACAUGAGCUGGAGCCAGGCUGGUGGAUUCUCGCUUCCAUCGACCUCACCCGCCUCCCCCUACCCGCAACCAAGACAGCCCCGGCCUCUUCCACCCCACCGCCCCCAGGAGCCAAAACCACCACCAGCAGCCCCCCACCCCCCAAAUUCGAGUACUCCUCCCGCGAAGUCAAACCCCCAGCCCUCCUCCUGCAGGACCUCCUCCGCGCGCACGCGCUCUUCCUGCUGCACCACGGCCCCUCGCUCUCCUCCCUCCUCCCCCCCGCCACCACCACCACCACCACCACCACCACCCCCUCCGACUCCACCACCUCCGCCACCACCCCGGACUCCGCCCCGACCUCCCGCCCGCAGUUCACCGCCCUGCUCGCCCGCUACUGGGACCUGUUCCUCUCCACCUGGAACGUCCUGCUGCACGGCAACCCGGCCUGCGCCGUCUUCGCCGGCAUCAAGAUCGCCGCGUGCGGCGAGCUGGGCAUCGGUGUCGGCGAGGAGGACCGCGGGAGCGGCGAGCGCGACGUGCUGGAGGGGUUGGUGGGGAGGGGGGAUGGUUUGGUGGAUCUGGUCGUGGGCCGGUUCGGUGCGGAAAGGGCGCCGCCGGUUGUUGAUGGGGCGUCGGGGAAGGGGAAGGGGAAUGAGAGGGUUGCGACGGGGGCGCUGGGGGGUGAGGAGGGCUGGCUGGGGGUGGGGAAUGAGGUCGGCGCGGAGGAUGGGGUUGUUUUCCUGGGGGCCGGGGCGCUCUCGAGACCGGCGCUUCGGGCGGUGGCGGGUUGGAUGGAGGAUGUUUAUACGUGGGGCGAGAGUGCGUAUGGCGUGGCUGACAGCAGCGCGGCUGCGGGUGCCGUGCGGGCGAAGAGGCGGAGAGCAGUCGGUAGGAAGGCGGGUAUUGCCAAAGUGGCUCCCAAGGGGGAUGGGAAGAAGGUUCAAGCAAAAGGGAAACCCAAAACCCCGUCGUCAGAAGCAGGCGGCGCUCCUGGGGUCCAGGAUGGGGAUGCUCAACCCGGUCCUGCUACUGGAGACGCUCUAGUAGAGGCCGGGGAGGCUAGCGGCGGCAUGGACAAGAUGUUCACCUAUCUCAAGCUAGGCUACGACGACGAGUCGACACCAAACCCAGCCGACGCUGAAAGCGUUGCUACACAAAAGCCCGCGAAGGACCCUGAUGCCGGCUGCUUUCUGGUUGGACUCGGCGAGCAGAACACGGAACCAGAGCAACCGGACUCACCGGUACAAGCGGACCGUCCGAGUCCGCCAACAGUCACGGUUGAGCUUGACUCCGAAGGUCACCAGGGCGGGGAGUCGGGUGUCGUUGGCUCACCAACUUUCAAACCCAACAAUCAGAGCCCUAAAAAGCCAAACAUAGCUCAACUGCGGCCCGUCAUCUACGUCCAUAGGCCCUUCAUUUAUGUCCUCCUCUUCCAGCCCAACACGACCACUCCCGCAUGGGACGAGCUCUCCCAAUCCCUCCACACGCAGCUCACACGCCUCCACAAACCGCUGCUGACCUCCACCGCCUACCGUCCCGAGAAACCCGACCUCGGCGGGCCCCCAACAUCCCAAAGCGAGAUCUACGACCUAGUCUUCGACCCCCAGACACUCACGAUCCACUCCACCAUCCCCAACAUCCCCGACCCGGUCCUCAUCACCGACCCCUCCGGCAUUCUCGCCCCGCCGCCGCCACCGGCGGCCUGGACCCGCGUGGAGGCGCUCAACACACACAACCAAAUCCUCAGCAUGUUCGCCGGCUCCCGCGGGGACGCGGCCGCGCUGGAGCGCACGUGCAAGACCAGCCGCGGCUGGUGGGUCGUCUGGCACCGCAUCCUCGAGCAGCGCCCUCCCAGGGACGCUCAGGCAUCGUCGUCCCUGUCCCUGGACGGAGAGGGGUCUUCUGAUGACACUAGCGACGGAGGGGGCGCGGCGCUCGGUGGUGGUGUCCCUGGGGACGAGUAUGGGGCUGGCGGGCUGGCGGCGGCAGCAGUGGGGAAGGAGGUCUUCCUCGUCCGUCGGGCGAGCGACCAUGGCGGUGGUGGGGUUAGGGGUGUCAGCGCGUCGUAUGUGGGCGGUGGUGCUUCGGGCGGGUGGACGGAUGGGGCGAGUCGGUUGGCGCAGGGGAUUGGUGUUGAUACGAGGAGGUAUAUUGAGGGGUUGUUGAGUUUGAAUCGGUGAGCUGCGAUGAUACCAUCACCGUGGAUGUAGAGUCAGUUGUCUCUGGCUCUCAUCGAACGGGUGAUCGUCACACAUCAUGGACCCAUUGUAUAUAGGACAGUACCCUCGACGAAGCACACAACUGGCCCUGAAACA